UGCCCGCGCGCGGCGUGGAUCGCGGCCGCAGCCGCCAUUGUUCCGCCGAGGGAGGACAGCGGGGCCUGGCGCUGGCGCCGAGACGCCGCUUAGCGGCCGGCACUGGAGACGCUCGCUCCCGCCUGCCCCUCUCCUCCUGGCGGCGGCGGAGUGAGGCUGACUAGGGGAAACCUGGGAGCCCUCUCUGCCCUCGCCGCGGCGGCAGCGGCCGAUCCCCGGCUCCGGCACGAGGAGCGGCCGCGAUGCGUUCGGCCUGAGGCUCUCCGGCCCGGCCCUCCUCCCCUCCCCUGACUUCCAAGGCGUCUCCUACGCCCCAGCGUCAUCCUGCAAGUCCCUCUGCCGGGAGGGAAGAUGGCUGCACGGAGCUGGCAGGACGAGCUGGCCCAGCAGGCCGAGGAGGGCUCGGCCCGGCUGCGGGAAAUGCUCUCGGCCGUCCUAGGCUUUCUGCGCACCGAGCUGGGCCUCGACCUGGGCCUGGAGCCGAAGCGGUACCCGGGCUGGGUGAUCCUGGUGGGCACGGGCGCGCUCGGGCUGCUGCUGCUCUUCCUGCUGGGCUACGGUUGGGCCGCAGCUUGCGCCGGCGCCCGCAAGAAACGGAGGAGCCCGCCCCGCAAGCGGGAGGAGGUGGCGGCCUCGCCAGCCUCGGCCCCUGACGACCUAGCCUUGCUGAAGAAUCUCAAAGGCGAGGAGCAGAAGAAGAAGAACCGGAAGAAACUGCCCGAGAAGCCCAAACCAAAUGGACGGACUGUUGAAGUGGCUGAGGAUGAAGUUGUUCGAACUCCUCGAAGUAUAACAGCAAAACAGCCACCAGAGACAGACAAGAAAAAUGAAAAGUCAAAGAAAAAUAAGAAGAAAUCAAAGUCAGAUGCUAAAGCAGUGCAAAACAGUUCUCGCCAUGAUGGAAAGGAAGUUGAUGAAGGAGCCUGGGAAACUAAAAUUAGUCACAGAGAGAAACGACAGCAGCGUAAACGUGAUAAAGUGCUGACUGAUUCUGGUUCAUUGGAUUCAACUAUCCCUGGGAUAGAAAAUAUCAUCACAGUUCCCACCGAGCAACUUACAACUGCAUCAUUUCCUGUUGGUUCCAAGAAGAAUAAAGGUGAUUCUCAUCUAAAUGUUCAAGUUAGCAACUUUAAGUCUGGAAAAGGAGAUUCCACACUUCAGGUUUCUUCAGGAUUAAAUGAAAACCUCACUGUCAAUGGAGGAGGCUGGAAUGAAAAAUCUAUAAAACUCUCCUCACAGAUCAGUGCAGGUGAGGAGAAGUGGAAUUCUAUUUCACCUACUACUGCAGGCAAGAGGAAAACUGAGCCAUCUGCUUGGAGUCAGGACACUGGAGAUGUUAAUGCAAAUGGAAAAGACUGGGGAAGGAAUUGGAGUGACCGUUCAAUAUUUUCUGGCAUUGCUGCUUGGUCUAGUGUGGAUAGGGGAAUGAAUACCUCUGAACAGAAUUCUGCUUCUUUUGCAUCUCUCACACUUAACUCUGCUGUUUCUGGGUCUACAGCUGAGCCAGUUUCUCAGUCUACCACUUCUGAUUAUCAGUGGGAUGUUAGCCGUAAUCAACCCUAUAUCGAUGAUGAAUGGUCUGGGUUAAAUGGUCUGUCUUCUGCUGAUCCCAGCUCUGAUUGGAAUGCACCAGCAGAAGAAUGGGGGAACUGGGUAGAUGAAGAAAGAGCUUCACUUCUGAAGUCUCAAGAAUCAAUUCCUGAUGAUCAAAAGAUUUCAGAUGAUGAUAAAGAAAAGGGAGAGGGAGCUCUUCCAAGCGGAAAAUCUAAAAAGAAAAAAAAGAAAAAGAAGAAGCAAGGUGAAGAUAACUCUCUUGCACAGGACACAGAAGAAUUAGAAAAAGAAAUUAGAGAAGAGCUUCCAGUGAAUACCUCUAAAUCCCGUCCAAAACAGGAAAAGGUUUUUUCCUCGAAGACCGUAAGCACUAGUGAUCCACCUGAAGUACUCGUCAAAAAUAGUCAGCCCAUCAAGACUCUUCCACCUGCUGUUUCUACCGAGCCAUCUGUUAGCUUAUCAAAGAAUGAUUCAGACAAGAGCUCUUCCCAAGUGCCACCGAUGCUAUCAGAGACAGAUAAAUCCAAGUCAAAUAUGAAGCAAAAUAGUGUGCCUCCUUCCCAGCCCAAGUCUGAAACUAACUGGGAAUCUCCCAAACAAAUAAAAAAGAAGAAAAAAGCCAGACGGGAAACGUGAAUGUUUUUUCUCUCCCUGUAUUGGACAUGUGUUUGCAAACACUGUCUUGAAGAUUAUGCUGUUUAUGCAAUAAUUUGUGGACAUGUACAGAGUUUUAUAUAAAUUUAAACCAAUUUUUAAAACAAAACUGUGAACACAACCACCGUAAAAAUGGAAUCAAAGAAAAGUUAAUUUAUGAAAUUAAGAGGUCAGCAGAAUAUUCUACAUACAGUGCUGGAAGACACUUGGGAAAGUCUUUUCAUUGAACGAGAAUGAUCUUAAUUUAAGAAUAUUAUCCUGGUUUUACAACAGUGCCCUGUUUACAACAGAUUGUGCCCUAUCUCAUCUGCAGCUGAGGAAUAACGGAUUCUGAUUAGAGAAGGAUUGCCUUCAAAUUAGCAGGCAACUCUUUGGAUCUUAUGCACGAACUUGCACCAUUUGAAUCUAUUUUAUGCUUAAAUCAAAGUGCUUUGAUCAAAUGCAUAAUCUGCCAUAUCUUUACAUAUUUGUUGGUAGCAAUUUGUAUUAAAAGAAUCACAAGUGCAAAUAAAAAGUCAUUUAUCAUUUAUUUAACUAAACUGUCAUGGUUUAGUUUACAAUUUUUAAAAUAUUCUUAAUUCAGACAUUGAAAAUGCAAUUGACACUUGUAUGGCUUAUGAAGUUAUUUUUGAUAGUCUUGCAUUACUUGAAUUGUUCAAAGUACAGUAUAUUUUAAAUUAAAGGUAAACUAUGUAUUUCUUUUAUAUACAUUUAAGGUUCAGACUCACAAAUAAUGCUCUUGUUUAUGAUUUGAAAACUUUCAGGCAAAAUCCAGCUCACAUUUUUCCUUUCCCUAGCAGUUACUUUCUUUCCAGCAUCAACUCUUAGUUGCUAGUAAUUUUUUGACUUUAAAAUUGAAAUCAUUCACACACUUUGAGUAUAUGAUGGAGAAUGAAAACUAGAGUCAGACAGCUUUAAUUGACAUUGUCAAGACCUCCAGUUAUCAGGAAUACAUUUUUUUACUGCCUUAACCUGUAGUACGUAGAAUAUGCAUCAAUUUCUUGAAGAGGAUUCGUGUUUUUAUAAGAAUUUUCAUGUAAUUAUUGCAAUUGUGGUCAAAUAAGGAACGUUUCCUGCUUGAAAUUGUAUUGAUUUAAAUGAUGUGUGAGAUGUUUCACCAUUUUCAGGCACUGUGUAAUUCUAUUGUAAUAAACUGGCAGGUAUCUUUGUAACUAUAAAUAGUGCAUGCUCAGCCAUGUACACUGUAAAUAGCCUUUACCAAACGUGUUUGACAAGGACCAUAAUUAACAUCACUUAGUGACUUGUGAUAAAGAAAAAAAGCCAUGAUUUAUUUGAUGUGAUUGGCUUACUUGUUUUUAUGUGGCGCCAAGAAUGAACCUGUUUAACAGCUGUAACCAAUGGUACUGAUCUGUCCAUCCAGCGUUGUCUUUGAUUGUGGUUUUAUGAUAUUGCAUUGUCAGACCAGGAAAGCUAAAGAAACAGAAUGGUUUUAGUUUUGCUGAAGACUGGCCUUAUUAAUAGAGGCUUUCCUCACAAGGGUUAACUUUUAUCAGGUGUUAACAUCUGUUUCAGGAACAUGGCGGUAUGUUUACAUGUCGGAGGUUUUGUUUAAUUUUAUGGUAUUUCUAAAUCGAUUUGUUUAAAUAAAUUCAGCAAAUGGA